UACGCUCACACAACUGCUGUUUGUUUGAGAAGCAACAGGCAGGUGAACGACAGUGAGAGGAGGUUAGAUCAAAGGUGAAAUAAUCAUUUUUAAUGUCCUGCUUUGCUGAAACCCCCUUUCACAAUGAACUGGUUUCAAACCAUCAUUUUUGGAUACGUCUUCACUGCCUGUGUUUUAUUGGAACCAUGUGUGUUACAAGCUACUUCAACACAGAGCAACAUCACCACAGCUGACAGUUUCAUAGAGUUUGACUCAGUCCCUGACAAAGUGGCAGAUGGUUCAGUGGUCCGUGUGCGGUAUCAGUGCUCCAGGCCAUGUCAGCUCGUAGUGGAAGUUGUGUUGUCAGCGUUAAGAAAGACAGAUUUGGUGGUCUUCAGGAGAAAAUGGAUCAGCAGCAAACCUCGAGUACUCAGGGUCCAGCAGGUGUUACUCAGACUGCCGCAAUCUGUGUCCCAUCACAGCAAUGUUUUCCAAAGGCACACGUUAGACUCCCAGAACGUGACGCUUCAAGCAUGGUUGGAUUAUUUAAAAAAUGGCAGUGAAAUCGGCUCCAUGUUGAGGAUCUAUAAAGUGCAGCAGGUCGUGCAGCUCUCCUUGUGGCGGAGAACAGCCCCCGCUAAAUGCCCGUCAUGGUCUGCUCAACUCAUGUCGCUGAUGUCCAGCAGCAGAAUCCAUCAGUGCCCACAUGAGUCAGACGUGAUAGAUAUGCUAAAAUUCCCUCUGGCAAGCACUGGAGAGCACUUCGGGGUGGUCCGUAGGUUCCAGCCUUUCAUCAACGAAGCCCUGGAGAGAGCCCGUCUUCAUGCUGUAACAGAGCCCAGCGUCACCUUCUCCGUGUGGAUCUACCUGCUAAAAUGGUGUCAGAAAAACCUCUGUGGGAUCGUCCAUCAUGUGGACAGGAAACAUCUAUUUGACUCGCUGCUGAUACAGCUCUCAGAAACAGGAGACAUCAUAAUUCAGGCCCGACUGAAAAGCGGGGAAGAUGAAGCAUUCAAAGCCGUCCUAAUGUUGCCCCUGUGGAACUGGAUUAGAUUGGACUGUUACAUAGUGGACUCAAAGGUGCUGCUGAAUGUAACCUGGGAUGAUAAGAGCCACCAAUAUGAAUAUGUAUUUCAGAACAGUAUUCAUUAUGAUGACACUGAUGGAUACUUUGUGAUUGGGGGAGGCAGAUACAUGCCAGGCAUCCGUGGCUACUUCGGGCCUUUCAAGUAUUAUCGUUUUGGAACCAAUGAGAUAAAAAAUCAACUUCACCUCAUGCCAGCAGCACAGGAGCUGGACAGGGCUCACAUGGAGUGUCAGGAAAUAAGAGGCUUUACGAUAGCUUUUCUGCAGCAAAUAGCUGAGAGUCACCUUCUGUCCCUGACCAACAAAGCUGUCUGUUCAAACAACCUGACACAUUGGACUCAGUUCGAUACCAAGAAGGCAACAUGCACACAGACAUGGAGCAUGGAAGAACAACUAAAAUACAAAACUCUAUUUCAUUUCCUCCAAGGAGAGGAAGGAAUUACCCAAACAGGACAUUUGGGUUUGAAAAACCUUGGAAGUGUUUUGUUUGAGCAAACGAUUAACUCAGAGUUCCUUGUGGAGGAGAAACAAAUUAAGAUCCCUUCUGAAUCGAUGGCUCUGUUGCAAGCAUCCUCCUGCUUUGGAAAUCACAGAGCGUCUCUGUUGUUGGCCACCAUCUUCCUGUCUGGCCUGGGUUACCCAGCCAAUCAAGAACAGGGUCAUGUCUAUAGUUUGAUUGGGGCCUCUGGCGAUGACCGUUUCGCCCUGAUGCAUGCAGGGUUCAAGCACACGCAUGGACUUGAUGGAUUUCCUGAAGACUUGGACAUGGCUUACGGCUACUAUUCCAACGUUGGAGCACAGAGCUGCAUUGACGGCUCUCGAGUGCACGAGUUUAAGCAAUACACACCUCCGCUUAUCUAUUUAGGAAAUGAGGAGGAUCUAAACACCCUGACUGACGAGUCCAGUGAUGUUUUUCAGUAUUUAAGAUUCCAAGCAGAAAGGGGAGACCCUGAAGCCCAGAGACGUCUGGGAACAAUGCUUUACUGGGGACAAAAUGGAGUCUCCAAAGACAUAGCGAGCGCGGUGAAGUGGUUCAGGAGGAGUGCCAUGCAAAUGAAGAAUCCGGCGGCAGUCUACGACUACUCCAUCCUACUAAUGAAGGGCCUGGGAGUGAAGAGAAACUACACUCAAGGUUUUCAGCUUCUGAAAAAAGCAGCAGCAAUGGGCUCAAUCAGUGCCCUGAAUGGCUUGGGCUGGUACCAUGGGAUUGUGCUGAAGGACCACAGAAAUGCAAUAAAAUACUUUGAACAAGCAGCCUUAAAUGGGAGCGAUGAUGGGAUGUUCAACCUGGGAAUUUAUCAUCUCAGUGGGGAAAACCCUGACAAUCCAUGGAGGAAUGAGAGUGCUGCAUUUGAGCAGUUUCUGAACGCCUCUCGCUUCGGCCACGUAGCUGCAUCAGUGGAAGCAGCGUGGUACCUUUCGACAGGAAGCCUGGAGGGCGUUGCUCAGGAUGUGAAGAGGGCUGUGACAUUGCAACAAAAGGCCUGCAAACAGAACGGCCACCUUGGAUUUAUGAUCAGGGAGGCUCUUCAGGCCCACCUCAAGGGAGCUCGGGAGAAAGCACUUCUUAAGUACAUUUUGGCUGCUGAAACCGGCCUCGGUUUAGCCCAGAGUAACGUCGCUCACUUGUGUGAGGAGCUGGGCUUCGGUUAUGACUGUCUGUGGAGAUAUCAAAACCACUCUAUAUUAAACUCUGAUCCUCAUCCGUCCACCCUGCUGAAAAUAGGAGACUACUACUACCAUUCCUCCAGCGCGCACGGAAACUCAUUAUCCUUGGCUGAGCAGGCCGUAUCAAUGUAUAGCAGAGCGGCUCUGGCACGCAGCCCUCAGGGAAUGUUCAACUUAGCCGUUCUGGCUCAAAAAGGCCACAUCCUUCCACAGAGCGUCCUUGCUGCCUUCAAUGCAUCGCGUUGGGAUGGAGUGGAGUCUGUGACGGAGAAGAUUUUAAAAAGAUGUACAGAGAUUGAGAAUGAUGAGGCAGUUACACCCUGUUCUUUAGCUCUGCUCGGACUCCAGAUGGGAAAAGCCUGGAGGAGCGUGACUCACAGCCCAGCACAGCUCCUUUUGGCAUAUGCAUCCAUGGUGUCCAUGAUUGUUGUUGUAGUUGUGGUGCCUUUGCAGGACCUUCUUGAGCGAAGAAGUAAGACAUCUGCUCUGAGGAGGAGGAGGACAGCUCCUGUGAGCCAAACAGACCAGGCAGACGACAUGGGGAGAGCAGCAGGGAGUGCAUGGCUGACUCUGCAUGACGAAGAGUGGCUCAGACAGGCCAGCGAUUUGGCUGUGACUCUAUCUGGUGUGUGUCUCAGUGCUUUCUGGACUACACUCCUCUAUCAUCUCCUGCGACAGACAAUUCCCAGCACGGUGAUCCAAUAGCCACAGAAAAAAAAAAACAUUAUUGGAAAAGCAUACAUUUAGAGGCUACCUUUCAUGGACUAUUUGUGUUUCUGAGCCAUGUGACUCAUUUAAGGACAUAAAGGAGAAUAAUAAGAGUCAUUAUGAGUGAGAGCAGUGUCACCUGAUGGCUGACAAUGUCUCCUCAGUAGCAAUAUUUAGGGUUUUAUCUUUAUUAAAAAUAAACCACUUAUCACAGAGUUCAGUGAAGUAUCCCUGACUGUAUUUUUUAAGGUGUGGAUGGUUGGCAGGAGUUUGGACCUUCUAUUAUAUUGCAUGUUAGACAAAAGCAGAUAUAAAGUCUAUAGCUAUGUAUUAAAAAAAAAAAAAAAAAAAGAUUCCACCUUAGUGAUGAUAA